UAACCACGGUUAACGGUAGCGGGAAGAAAAAACUAUUUAGUGAUUUCACUCCGCUAUUUUGGGUACAAAGUGUGCGACUGGAACGCGUUAAUUGGAGAAUUCGGCACUGUUUGGCACGAAUGGACAGUAUUAAUAUCGCGCCAAAAACCGUCACGCUCGUCGCUGAGCGUGGCGUAAUAUGUAGAAACGUGCUGAGUCCUCCAUCACCUUCGCAUUCUCGUCCUUUACGUCUUACGCCGACCGGGAAAAUCAGCCAUGCCAAGACACGAGUUUAUACGCAACGUUAUAGGAAGGAGUGGGAACAGAUGCCGGACUUUAAAGGAUGGUUGACUUCGGUUUCCAAUCAAGCGACCCGUGCUUACUGCCUGUAUUGUAGAAAGAAUUUACACGCACAUCGUUUAUCGCUACUGAAACAUACGUGCACAAUGAAGCACCAGCGUUCGGCCUUGACGUAUCAACUGGAACAGAAACAGAUGCCGGAACAGAAAUCGGAUAUCGAUGCGCCCGAGAUAGGGCUUAUGGAAGAAGUUGAGACACUAAAUGAGCCUUCUCAAACGGAGGUAGAUGAUGACGACGAUGACGAUAUCGAAUAUGUUGUUGAGAGACUAGAUACAGAUGAGGAUGAUGACUCCAUAGAGUUUGAAGAUGUAAAGGAAAACAUUGAAGAAGUCAAUAUGGAACAGGAGGAAGAAAAGGAAAUGGAUGAAAGUAGUCAAUUCAGUGAGGAGGAUUCUCCAUCUGUAAUAAAAAAGAUUAAAUUAUUACCCGAGCAAAAAGAUCAAGAUCCUUUGACAGAGGCGAUGGCCCAUGUUCAUAAUGAAUAUCUUGAGGAGGAUGACGAGAACGUGCAGGUGGAAAUGGUGAUAGAAUCGACUAAUAAUGAUAUAUCUGUUUUACCUGAACCAGAGGAUGAUGACCAGGAGACAUCAAAAUCAUAUGAAAAUAAAAAAACGGUAAUAAAAACUACCAAGAAUGGAAAAGUUCUUCUGGAGGAUCCUAAAGAUAAUUUGGUCGUAACUUCAUCGUUACCGAAUACGGUUUAUCAGACAAAUAUUUCGACAAGCACAACACCGAUUAAGAGUAAUUAUGUGCCGAUUGCGCCAAAUGUAAAGGCUCAAAAGAUUACUCUGAUGUGUGGUAAUAAAGCUUUUACAUUAACUGGCGGUUCAUUCCAACCAGGCACACAGUAUGUGCUGACCAAGCUCAAGAGUAAGCCAACGGCAUUGAUGCUGACCGAUCAAAAGAAAUUAACAAUGAACGAAUCAGAGAACCAAAUCCUAGUAAAGCCAGACUCUAUCGUCGAUCAAUCAUUAAUUAUUCCUAGCACUAGCCAACAGUCGACUGUUGAUCAGGAAUCAAUUGAUACUAAAUUAUCUAAGAAGAUUAUGGGAAAAUCGUCCGGGAAACACAUUGCACCGAAAAAAUUGCGAAUUUCUACAUAUGUUGUAGAUAAUAUGAAGGGAGUUCCAAUUAGUGGAUUGCAAGUUAGCUUGUACAAAUUAAUGGACGGUAAAUGGACCUUUUUGAACGAGAAUAAUACAAAUGUAGAGGGUUAUUGUGACGAUUUGAUGGAAAAAAUAAACGGUACGAUCGGUCGUUAUAAGAUUCAUUUUGAUGUUGACAAAUAUUUUACACUGAAAAGAAUAGAUACCAUGUUUCCAUUCGUCGAGAUUGUAUUUGACGUAAAAAAACCAAAAACUCAUUAUCACAUACCUCUUUUAUUGAGUCCGUUUGGUUACACGAUCUAUCGUGGCACCUAA